AUGACGCGACAGCCAUUCUCUCCAUUGGGUGCAAACACUGAGUGCUGCUGGUGGGAAACGAAGAAGGAAGGUUUAACCUCAUCGGACCCUACAGCGUUAGCUUCAUCAAGCUCCAAAGGAUAUCUCGGUUUGGAUACACGACCAUCAGGAAUCUCCGGAGAGGCCUGCUGUCUUUUUCAUUUCCACUUUUAUCAGAAAGAAUCAACCCUUAGAGUGGGACCUGGAGUGAAGAAAACCAAUUGUGGCCUGAACAAAGACAGACAGAGAGGAACUAAUGUCAAGCCCUUCUCCUCCUCAGACAGCCUAGCGAAGGUUCAGGAGGUAGCAAGCUGGCUUUUGGAAAUGAACCAGGAUCUGCUGUCGGGGGGCAGCAGCAGCAGGCGGAGUCGGGGGCCGGGGGGUCCGGCAGUGCGAGGUAACGCCUCCUCCACGGCCCGGGCACCUCAGCAGGCGGCAGAGGAGGGUGAUGAGGAUGAGCACAUGAACCGGGUAGUAGAGGAGGAAGAGCGAAGAGCGUCGCAGGUUGAUGGAGAGAGAGAACAACCAUGGGCGGCGAGUGAAUCGGGAGCCAGCAACGGCCCUCGGGGAGAGGAGGAAGGGGAGGAAGACGAAGAGGGCCCUCCAAAUGAAGUGAACGGAGGAGAGAAAGGAGCACGAUGGGUGUGGGGGCCAGAGCAGAGGCGGCAGCGAGGCGAGGAGGAGGAGGAGGAGGAUGAGGGAGAGGAGGAGAACAACAACAGCAGCAGUCAUCAAGAGGAGGAGGAGGCGGAGGAGAGGACAGAGGGAGGGGAGGAGCAGGGAAGGGAGGAAGAGGAGAGGGAAGAGGGCGAGGAGGAAGAGGAGGAGGAUGAGGACGAGGAAGAGAUGGACCAAGACAGUGAUGACUUUGAACAUUCUGCGGAGAGUGGGAGAGAGGAGGAAGAGGAGGAGGAGGAGGAUGAGGAAGGGCUGCGGUCUCCCUCUCUCAGGAACAAUGUGUCUGCCCCCAAUAACAACCUGGACUCCAGUUGUACACACCAAAGCUCUUCCAACAAGAAGAUGAAGAGAAAGUUGGACCAUGGCCCUGAGGUCCGGUCUUUCCCUUCAGGAAAAAAGCCCUGCAAAGGUCCAGAGUAUCCAAGCCCGACAGGAAUUGUCCCUUGUCCAGCCACACCCACCACAUUUGGCCACAUUAGAACAGCCAAUGGUCAGGGGCAGCAGAGACGGCGCAUCACCUCAAUCCAGCCACCCACGGGUCUCCAGGAAUGGCUCCGAACAUUUCAGAGCUGGACUGGCCCAGAGAAGCUGCUGGCGCUGGAUGAGUUGAUUGACAGCUGUGAGCCCACACAAGUCAAGCAUAUGAUGCAGGUGAUCGAGCCUCAGUUUCAGCGAGACUUCAUCUCCCUGCUCCCCAAAGAGCUGGCUUUGUAUGUGCUGUCAUUCCUGGAACCGAAGGACCUCCUCCAAGCAGCCCAGACGUGUCGCUACUGGCGCAUCCUGGCAGAAGACAACCUGCUGUGGAGGGAGAAGUGCAGGGAAGAAGGCAUCGAUGAGCCUCUACCCCCCAAGAAGAGGAAAAUCGUCAAGCCUGGCUUCACUCACAGCCCCUGGAAGAGUGCCUACAUCAGGCAGCACAGAAUAGACACAAACUGGAGGAGAGGGGACCUCAAAUCACCCAAGGUGCUGAAAGGUCAUGAUGACCACGUGAUCACCUGCCUCCAGUUCUGUGGCAACCGCAUUGUCAGCGGCUCAGACGACAACACGCUGAAAGUCUGGUCGGCCAUCACAGGAAAGUGUCUGCGCACGUUGGUGGGCCACACAGGGGGCGUGUGGUCAUCCCAGAUGAGAGACAAUAUUAUUAUCAGCGGCUCCACUGAUCGCACACUCAAGGUCUGGAACGCAGAGACAGGAGAAUGUAUCCACACCCUCUACGGGCAUACCUCAACAGUGCGCUGCAUGCACCUACAUGAGAAAAGGGUGGUCAGUGGCUCUCGUGACGCCACGCUGCGCGUCUGGGACAUUGAGACAGGUCAGUGUUUACACGUCCUCAUGGGCCACGUGGCCGCGGUGCGCUGCGUCCAGUACGACGGGCGACGGGUGGUCAGCGGUGCCUACGACUUCAUGGUCAAAGUGUGGGACCCCGAGACGGAAACCUGCCUCCACACACUGCAGGGCCACACCAACAGAGUGUACUCAUUACAGGUGAGCGGCUUCACACACAUUCAGUAGUGUGUGCGUUGUUUU